AUGCGAAGCGACCCAAGCACUUUUAAACAGCCCACGCUGACCUUUAAGCUUCCCUCCUCUUUUGAGCGUCGUCUCCGGCGCUCCCGCAGGUCAACCUCCCACGUCAGCCAUUACAACGUAGUCGGUGCUGCAAAGAAACACCCACGAGCCGACUGUGCUAGUCACCAAAUUAGCGCGCAACUGAGGCAUAUGUACUUCUUCCGCUCCACUAAGGCUUAUCACGCAGAAGUGGAAAAUCAGGAUACGUGUCUUUCAAGAUCGGGUUCGCUUUCCGCUGCCACCAAUGUAGCGUCCCGAGACUCCCUGAAGACGAAAGAAGACACAAUACUCGGGCAGGAUAUGCAUUCAGCGCAGAGAAGGUGCCUGGGCUAUUUGCAUGGCCCAAAAGGCCAACCCACCCAGCGAGAGCCACAGAGCCUCCUACCCUUUGCCAUGACAGUUUGUUUCACUACACUCCUGGUGCUCUGCCUCGGAUUGCAUACCACCUUAUCUCUGGAGAUCUUGGAAUCACUGAGCAUUGAAGUUGCUGUCUAUGAUUUUGACAAAUUCAGUGGCGCCGAUUUGAUUGGGAGAUACGAGCUGGAAGUACUGGGAAGCACGAAGGAUUACUUUUCUACACUGUCGGGCGACACCAAAAAUGAUUCAAAGCCCGGACUGAGAGUCGACAUGAGAUUGCAACUUAAUUGCUCGGAGAACUUCUACGGUUCUCGUUGUGAAACGUACUGCAAAUCCGAUGGGCUGUCAUAUUACUGCUCACCCAGUGGAGAACGUAUCUGUCUCAGGGGCUUUUUUGGGGAGUUCUGCAACGUAACCGAUGUUUGUACGCGUGAGCCAUGUGCCUACGGCGCUACAUGCGUGCCGAAAUCGCUCGGCCGAAUCUGCGUUUGCAAUGGCGGACACUAUCCCGAAUGCUAUCCUUUAACCGAUCCAUGCCGUUUCUCACCCUGCCGUAACGGUGGUGUAUGCGACAGGAGUCCGACAAAUCCGCUCGGAUUUGUGUGCACCUGUCCAAGGUACUACACCGGUGUCUACUGCGAGCAGCGUCUCUCCCUUUGUGCCCUCUUGGAGACCGAUCAGAGGGCUGCACAACACAUCGCCUCCAAGAUGGUCCUUAAGGAAGAGGAGCAAAAAGGUGGUUUCGGCAUGUCCACACCCGUUCCUAGUGUCUGUCUCAACGGAGGUGUAUGUGUGGAUCAUCCCACAAAAUUCACCUUCUUCUGUAGCUGUCCUGAAGGCUGGACCGGAAGCUGGUGUGAAACCAAGAUUGCUGAGGCAAGUGCACAAUCGAAGCUUUGGCAGGAAUGGUUGGUCACACGUGUAAUCGCCCUUCAUGAUCAAAACGCCCUUGUCUACGAGACCCCAUUGCGAUCCACACAUCUAAGUGUUGGUCAUGCAAGCAACGAGAGUUGCGGCACCACCGCAAAGUUAUCAACACCUGGAUCUUCAUAUGAACCUAUCAUGCCGUGCCUAGGGGACAGUCUCAACAUUCAUCGUCCACAGACAGAUGUAGAAGACAACGAGGAAAAGCCACCUCUACCAUUGCGUACACCUCUGCUUGUAAAAGACCGCCUCACCUAA